AUGACAAAUCCACUAGAAAAGAUCCAAGCACUAGAUGCAAUUGAAAAAGAGAUUGUCCUGUGCAUACAAAGUGCUGGAAAUGCACUUCAAGAACUAUCAAAAGAAAAGCCGAGUCAAAAGAAUGCUGAGAAUCAUGCAUCACAGUUCCUUAAAUCCCUAAACAGCAUCGAGAAUAAAUUAAGUGAUCAAAUUAAUUAUCUACAGCAAGUGUCAACAACUCAUGCUCAUGAAGGAAGUGGAUAUGCGAGUGCUAAGAAUCUUCAAAUGGCAUGGCAGAGACUUAAUAAUGUUAAGGCUCGAGUAAAAGAACUGGAAGAUUGUCAAAAUAAGUAUGCAAAGAAGCAAGGACAAGUUAGCAUUGUAGCGCCUCCUGCGCCAGUUCCAACAGCGAAUUUACCACAAUAA